AUGUUUUAUAAGCAAGAGAAGGGUCAUUGUCUUCUUGUGGUGGUGUACGUCGAUGAUCUUCUUGUUACUGGUUCAAGUCGUGAAGUGAUUCUUGAGUUUAAAAGGAGAAUGGGGUUAAAGUUUGAUAUGAGCGACCUUGGUAAAUUAAGUUACUAUCUCGGUAUCGAAGUUUCUCAAACAGAUUCUGGUAUUACUCUGAAGCAAGAAAGAUAUGCAGUCAAGAUUCUGGAAGAAGCAGGUAUGGGGGAGUGUAAUGCAGUUCAAAUACCAAUGGAUUUUGGUGUUAAGUUCUCCAAGGCUCAAGCUGAGAAAAGUAUUGAUGUGAAGGAGUAUCGUAGAAAGAUUGGCUGUCUUCGGUACUUGAUUCAGACUCGACCUGAUCUUUCUUACUCUGUUGGUGUUUUAAGUCGGUACAUGCAUGAUCCUAAGGAGUCUCAUGGUGCUACAUUAAAGCAAAUAUUGAGAUAUUUGCAGGGAACUCGAUCGUAUGGUCUUGUGUAUAAGCGAGGGCAGAAUACUCGUUUGAUUGGGUUUAGUGACAGUAGUCACAAUGUGGAUGAAGAUGACGGUAGAAGCACGGGAGGUCAUGUUUUCUAUCUUAAUGAAUGUCCCAUUACUUGGUGUUCUCAGAAGCUUGAUACAGUGGCAUUAUCUUCAUGUGAGGCUGAAUUUGUGGCUGUCACUGAGGCUGCAAAGCAAGCAAUCUGGUUACAAGAAGUUCUGAGUGAAGUUACUGGAAAACCGUGUGAGAAGGUCUUGAUCUUACUGGACAACAAGUCAGCGAUCGCUCUCACUAGGAACCCUGUCUUCCAUGGCCGCAGUAAGCAUAUUCACAAGAGGUAUCAUUUUAUACGUGAGUGUGUGGAUAAUGAACAGGUUGAGGUGGAGCACAUUUCUGGUGAAGAGCAAAAGGCCGACAUCCUGACCAAAGCUCUUGGUAGGAUUAAGUUUAAGGAGAUGAGAGAUCUCCUAGGAGUUCAAGAAGUUUCAGAAGGAGUCUUCAAGCUUGUGGGGGAGAAUGUUGGCACAAACUUGAAGAUAACUUAG